CUUUGAUUUCAAAAUAGUCAAGUGGACUACUCUUUUAUUGCUCUAUAUUCUAAGUAUCCUCUCAAGGAAACUACUAAAAGGGGUGUAAGGGGUAAGUUACACCCGCUAAAUAAAUAUUUUAAACGCGUUUCCCACCCACGGAUAAGCAAACUUCGGUUUUAUAUAAAAAGCAGUUGCUUUGACUCUCCGUCACUUGAACGUCAACGGUGCGUCAGCCAUCUUGUAUUGCGUUUUGUUUUUGCACCUUUGCAAUAUGCUGAAAAUUACAGCAAUAGUUUCGCUAAUGCUUAUUGCGACUUGGUCUCAGGCGGAUCCUAGGCGACAUAAGCGGGAAGGAGCGCCUUCAGUCGACUUUGACUCAGGCAGCACGAUGUGGGCAGCCAGCCUGUCGUGCGACUCGUGCGGCAGCGAGUGCGCUGCUGCGUGCGGCACGCGCCACUUCCGCUCCUGCUGCUUCAACUACCUGAGGAGGAAGCGAGGCCCUGACUCUAUGAAGCUAUCCCAAAUGCAAAAUCUACACGACGUGAAACCAGAAGGGCUACAGAAAUCCAAACUCCCGGUGUUUGGUGUUGAAGACAUCCCUGACCUUUGGGGCAACAUGAUGUCAAGCGAUUAUAGGUUUAACCCCUUUGACGAUACGCUCGAGAAUCGACUGCAAGCUAUGUAUGACGCGUAAACAAUAUAAAAGGCUGCAAUACUAAUACCUAAUCUGUAUAUAGACCUACAUAUAAGUACUAAUUAAUAUAAAAAGUAUAAACUAUUGAUAAGAUCCGAACACAGACAUUUUUCAUGUAAUUUAUUAUAUUUUUUAUUUUUUUAUUCUAGUC